AAUAUGAGCAAGAUUAUUCUGAAAUAUUUUCAAUCGGGAAGAUUUUUAUUUGUAUUAACAUUACGUAUUUAAAAAAUAAAACAAAAAUAAGACAAGAGUUGUAUAAUUGAGCAUAAUCGAUGCUACAGAAAUUUGACCUGACUAAGCUGGCAACCGUUGCACCCGAACACGUUAUCGUUGUGGAAUGCAAGUUCAUAUAAAAAGACAAAUUGAAAGUGACCAUAAAUUUUGCGGUUGGGAAGUUUGCACGUCGAUGAGGUGGCUCUUACAGAAGUGUUAUUUGUCUACUAUUAAAUUCUUCGUUACAGUUGGCCAGAAAUGACAAAUCCAGCUGAAAGAUUAAAUUAUUCGCAAGAUAGUAGCAGCGAUACUGAAACAGAUUACAAAGAAACAGAUGCUAGAGAACAACAAAGAUUAUACCAAAAUAGAUUAAGUUGUGGUGGUUCGUCCAAACCAAAACCUUGUCUGGUACAGAAGGAUGGAAGCAACGAUCCACAUUGCCAUUAUAAUUCAAGCAGACAUGGCACAAAUAUAAAUCAAUCGAGCAGACUCCGCUCUGGAGUUGGGGUUGGAAAGAGUCAACAAAACCAAAGUAGAGAUAUUAUACCAUGCAGCAAUUUAACUACAGAGGCUUGUAUUCCGCUAAGUAGUGAUGAACGAAUAACAUUGAUCGUUGAUAAUACAAGAUUUGUUAUAGACCCAGCUUUAUUUACUGCACGCCCAAAUACAAUGUUAGGAAGAAUGUUUAGUUCCGGAGUAGAAUAUGCUCAGCCAAAUGAACGCGGUGAAUACAAAGUUGCCGAUGGAAUAUCAGCUAUGGUGUUUCAAGCUAUUCUUGAAUAUUACAAAGGUGGAAUAAUACGUUGUCCUCCUACAGUUACUGUACAAGAAUUACGUGAAGCUUGCGAUUAUCUUCUUGUUCCAUUUAACGCAAGUACAGUAAAGUGUCAAAACUUAAGAGGAUUAUUACAUGAAUUAUCUAACGAAGGUGCUCGCUGCCAAUUUGAAAGGUUCUUAGAAGAUUUAAUGCUGCCUUUGAUGGUAAAUAGUGCACGUAGAGGUGAUAGAGAAUGUCACAUAGUUGUUUUAUUGGAAGAUGAUAUAGUCGAUUGGGACGAAGAAUAUCCACCACAAAUGGGAGAAGAAUAUUCUCAGACCGUUAACAGUACCGCCAUGUAUAGAUUUUUCAAAUACAUCGAAAAUAGGGACGUAGCUAAACAAGUUAUGAAAGAACGUGGCUUGAAAAAGAUACGUUUAGGAAUCGAGGGUUAUCCUACUUAUAAAGAAAAAGUUAAAAGAAGGGCUGGCGGUCGUGCCGAAGUUAUUUACAAUUACGUUCAAAGACCAUUCAUACAUAUGUCUUGGGAAAAGGAAGAGGCCAAAAGUCGUCAUGUUGAUUUUCAAUGUUUAAAAUCUAAAUCAGUAACUAAUCUCGCAGAAGCCACUGCCGAUCCGGUAUUAGACGCCGGAGGAAAUCCGAUAAAUGCACUUUUACAAGCAGCAGAACCAAUGCCUCAACCAGAAGUGGCACUGCCGAUGGGUUCUGAUGGUGACGUUGAAGGUGGUAUAGGCUUAUCUGCCGAUCAGGACCAAGGACCUUUACCGCCCGAUGAAUUAUCAUGAACCUUAUCCGUUAAUCGUAUGUUUAUUUUUUUAACACAUUGACGCACAAUUUUGAUAUUUAAAUCUUUCCUUCAAAAUAUAUUUCUUUUUUUUUUUUUUUGGGAAUCUUCUUUCAUUGAUAUAAAAAGUUGGAUUAAAGGAUAGCAAAUGUUUUUAUACUAGAGCUGUUGGUUUUACAAUAAAUCAUUAUGACAUUUACCUUUUCUUUUUUAAAUUAAUAUAAUAAAUCAGAUGACUGUAGCUCUGUCAUUUGCGUCAACGUGUUUUAAAGAAUGAACAUUCCUUCCUUCUUUUGAUUCUUUCUUCAUUCGAAUCGAAAACUCAAAUUCAAGCCAAUCCCCUCUUUUUAUCUACCGCUUCUCCCCACAUUCAUAUACAUAUAUAUAUGGAUGGAGCACUGUUUUUCUGAAACACGACUGUUCAAUGUCCAAGGCGCUUUGUGGGAUAGUCCUUGGAUAAACUCGAUUUGCUCUUAAGAUCUAGUUUAAAAGACGUAUGCAUUAUGACAGUGAUUUUUUGUAUUUUGUAUAUAUAUAUAUAUGAUACGAGGUAUGUUUCUUAUAUGCGAAAUUGAUUGUGUUAUUCAUAAAUACACCGCGUUCUUUCGAUUCAAAUCGAUAUAAACUUUUCCCAUUUUGUACUAUCAAUAAAGUUUACAAUACGAUUUCUCUAUAA